UCCGCUCCAAGAUUGGAUCUUUACCAACAACCUGUGCUUCCCCGUCUUCUCCUCUUGAUCUGUUCUCCGGUUCAGCCUUUUCCGGCGCAUUCUGGUUGCCAUCUGCCUCCCAGUGGUGUUCUGCUGCUUUCAUUGGGUUAGUGGGAUGGGGAAGAACAGUGGGUGGUGAAUCGUGCGUGUGGUCUCUUGCCUCUGGUUGGGUGGGACACCACUGCUUGAUUCGCUCUGGUAUUGCUUGCGACGGGGGGACUCUGAUGUAGCAUUGGCCUCCCUCCAAGUUCUAGGGUGGGAUUGUUAACCUGUCUCUUUGUAUCCUCCGAAACUGGUUCAAGACUUCGUCCAUUCUGCUGCGUUUAUCAGGAAAUCUGUGGAUGGGAGGUAAACUGCUUACAGAUUGGGAGAUUCUGUGUGCUCUUCGGGCUCCUCGCUCUUCGCUUUGCCCGGAAGCAUGAUAUACUUCACGGCUGCUUGAAUGCGUAUUCUGAAGCAGUGGAGUCAUCUUCUGUCGCCACGCAUGAUAUCAUACCGCAGGGUUGCUCAAUCCUGAGCACCAAAGAAGUCGAGAAACAUCGUGCCAUCUGUGGUGGUUUACCUUGCUCCUCUCUCACAAUGGCGACUUUAGUCCGUCAUGACUCGAAUAAUACACGGUACUCAUGGUUGUGGGUUAGCCAUAUCAGCCCUAAGAACUCCAAAUGGCUUCAGGAGAAUCUUACUGACAUGGAUAUGAUGGUCAAGGCGAUGAUAAAACUUAUCAAUGAAGAUGCUGAUUCUUUUGCAAGGAGAGCAGAAAUGUACUAUAAAAAACGCCCUGAGCUCAUGAAACAUGUGGAAGAGUUUUACAGAGCAUACCGUGCCUUAGCAGAAAGGUACGAUCAAGCAACUGGUGCACUCCGGCAGGCCCAUCGGACAAUUUCAGAGGAGUUUCCAAAUCAGAUGCCAUCAAUGUCUGAGGACUCGCCCUCCUCAAGCCAAGAAGGGGAGCCACGUACACCAGAAAUGAUGACACCCUUGCGUGCACCUUUUGAACCUGAUGAUCUGCACAGGGAUGCACUUGGUGUUUCACCACCGCUAUUUACUGUCAAGAGGAAUGGUACACACCCUGAUGAAAUAGGUUCUUUAUCAAGUCGCAAAGGUCUCAAACAGUUCACUGAUUUGUUUGAAAGCUGUGAUAGUGCCCAUCGUCUCAAUUUCUCUGAUGGGAAAGUAAGAAAAGGCCUCAGUUUUGAAAGCCCAGAUGCUAAAGUGAAACAAGAUGCAAGUGAUGACAUCAUGAAGUUGCAAAAUGAGAUUUCCAAAUUAUUAGCAGAGAGCCAAAAUCUAAAGCAACAAGUUUCAUCUGAGUCUCAGCGGGCAAACAAUGCUGAGAAUGAAUGCCAAAGCCUUAAGGACACCAUCUCAUGUUUGAUUUCUGAGAAGGACAAAGCCCUUGUGCAGUACAGCGAAUCCACCAAAAGAUUGUCUGCUUUAGAGACUGAGCUCUCUAAGGCACACAACGAACUCAAGAAACUCUCUGAUCAUAUGGACAGGGAAGUUCAGAAUGUAAACAGUGCUGAGUCAUGUAACAACACAAUGCAAUCCGAGCUUGAAACUCUGGGCCAGAAGAUCAUGAUGCAGCAGCAAGAACUUGCACAAAAUAGAAAAGAUCUGGUGGAUUCAAAGAGUGAAUUCGAGAGUGAGAUCCACUCCCUGAGGAGCACUGUCACACAAAUAAAUACUGAAAAAGAUGUGGCUCUACUACAACAUCAGCAGUGUAUUGAGGAGGUUUCUGAUCUGGAAUCCAAGCUCUUGAAGUCACAAUCAGAGCAGGAGAAGAUUGAACUGAAGGUACAAUUGCUGGUGCAAGAACUUGAACAGAAGAGAGAAGAGGCUGGUGCCAUACAUACUCGGCUGCAGGAUGAACACUUCAAUUACAUGCAAAAGGAAGCAGCUCUUCUUUCAAUGGAAGACCUGCAUUCCCAGUCUCAGGAAGAGGUUAAAAGGCUGGCACAAGAUCUUGAAUACUCCAACAAGAAAUUGAGUGACUUGGAAGCUCAACUUCUCUUUGCACAAUCGGAAACAGAGAAGAUUGCAAAUAAAGCCCAGAUACUGGAGCGGGAACUUGUAUGCAAGACUGAAGAAGUUAGUAUCCUUCAAAGUAGUUUGCACAAGGAAGGGCAGAAGUGCAUGCUUGCUGAAACAACUCUUCUCAGAGUGGAGAACCUACAUUUGCAGUCCCAGGAAGAAGCCAAGACACUAGCACAAAAUCUCGAAACCUUAAGCGAGAAGCUUAGUGAGGCUGAAAAUGAUAGGUUGAAUCUGCAGAACAUUUCACAAGAACUCAAGAACACCAUUUUGGAGAUGGAUUCUGAGAAAAACGCAAUGCUAGUUCAACAGCAGCAGUCCUUGGAGAGACUUUCUUAUUUAGAAGCACAUAUUUUCGAUGUACAGUCAGAUCUGGAUAAAAAUAAGGAGAAAGUCCAUUUGCUGGAACAAGAACUGAAACACCACAAAGAAGUGGUGGAUGGCCUUCACAAUAAUUUGGAGGAGGAAGGCCAUAAACGGAUGCAUGCCGAAGCAGAACUUAGGGUGGUGGCAAACCUGCAUUCUGAAUCUCAGGAAGAAGUGGGUAAGCUUGUUAUGGAUCUUCAAAAGUUAAACGAUGAGUUAAGUGAAGUGCAGGACAGCAAUCUGAUUGUGGAGGACUUAUUGUGUGAACUUAUGAACACCAUCUCUGUUUUGAAUACCGAGAAAGAUGCAGCACUUCUUCAACUGCAGCUGUCCUUAGAAAGAGUAACCGAUCUGAAGUCAGAAGUCUCGGAGACACAGUUGGAGGCAGAGAAAACUGAGGAGAAGUUGCAAGUACUGGAGCAAGAAUUUGCUCAGAAGAAUGUCAUGGUCGAUUUUCUGCAGUCAAGUCUGCAAGAUGAGGGCAAGAAACGUGUGGAAGCUGAGACAUUGCUCAUGUCAAAAGAGAAUCAAUACUUCCAAUCACAGGACGAAGUAAAUAGAUUGGCCCUGGAGAAUGAGACACUGAACAGAAAGUUGAAUGAGAUGGAGAACCUGUCUUUCAAGCUUAAGAACACCAUCUUGCUGCUGAAUUCCGAGAAAGACGCAACUCUUCUUCAGCACAAGCAGUACAUGGUAAAAAUAUCUGAUCUGGAAUCUAAGUUUUCAGUGGUGCAGGUUGAACUAGUGAAUGCUGAACAAAAAGUGCAAAUGCUUGAUAAAGAACUUGAGCAGAAGAAAGAAGAGUUUGAUAGCUUGCAGACUAGUCUGAAAGAUGAAGCCCAAAAGAAUGCUGAGGGUGAAACAGCUCUUCUCACGAUAACUAAUCUAUAUUCUAGUUCUCAGGUAGAAGUGAACAGGUUGGUCCUUGAGAUUAAUAAGCUGAACAGAAAGUUGGAUGAAGUGGAAAACGUGUCUUCCGAGCUCAAGAACACCAUCUUGCUGCUGAAUACCGAAAAGGACACAGCUCUUCUUCAGCACAAGCAGUCCUUGGUGAGAGUAUCUGAUCUGGAAUCUCAACUCUCUGAAAUGCAGGCUGAAGUAGAGAAUUCUGAACAAAAAGUGCAAAUGCUUGAUGAUGAACUCGAGCAGAAGAAAGAAGAGGUCAAUAGCUUGCAGACUAGUCUGAAAGAUGAAGCCCGAAAGCAUGCUGAGGGUGAAGCAGCUCUUCUCACAAUGACUAAUCUGUAUUCUAAUUCUCAGGAAGAAGUGAACAGGUUAGCCAUUGAGAUUAACAAGCUGAACAGGAAGUUGAAUGAAGUGGAAAAUGUGUCUUCGGAGCUCAAGAACACCAUCUUGCUGCUGAAUACUGAAAAGGACACAACUCUUCUUCAGCACAACCAGUCCUUGGUGAGAGUAUCUGAUCUGGAAUCUAAACUCUCUCAAGUGCAGGCUGAACUAGAGAAUGCUGAACAAAAAGGGCAAAUGCUUGAUAAAGAACUCAAGCAGAAGAGAGAAGAGGUGGAUACCUUGCAGACUAGUCUGAAAAAUGAAGCCCGAAAGAAUGCCGAGGGUGAAGCAGCUCUUCUCACAAUGACUAAUCUAUAUUCUAAUUCUCAGGAAGAAGUGAACAGGUUAGCCAUUGAGAUUAACAAGCUGAACAGAAAGUUGAAUGAAGUGGAAAACGUGUCUUCGAAGCUCAAGAACACCAUCUUGCUGCUGAAUACCGAAAAGGACACAACUCUUCUUCAGCACAAGCAGUCCUUGGUGAGAGUAUCUGAUCUGGAAUCUAAACUCUCUCAAGUGCAGACUGAACUAGAGAAUACUGAACAAAAAGGGCAAGUGCUUGAUAAAGAACUCAAGCAGAAGAGAGAAGAGGUGGAUACCUUGCAGACUAGUUGGAAAAAUGAAGCCCGAAAGAAUGCCGAGGGUGAAGCAGCUCUUCUCACAAUAACUAAUCUAUAUUCUAAUUCUCAGGAAGAAGUGAACAGGUUAGCCCUUGAGAUUAACAAGCUGAACAGAAAGUUGAAUGAAGUGGAAAACAUAUCUUCGGAGCUUAAGAACACCAUUUUGCUGCUGAAUACCGAAAAGGAAGCAGCUCUUCUUCAGCACAAGCAGUCCUUGGCGAGAGUAUCUGAUCUAGAAUCUGAACUCUCUGAAGUGCAGGCUGAACUAGAGAAUUCUGAACAAAAAGGGCAAAUGCUUGAUAAAGAACUCAAACAGAAGAGAGAAGAGGUGGAUACCUUGCAGACUAAGCUGGAAGAUGAAGCACAUAAGCACAUCGAAGUUGAAGCAUCUCUUCUUAUGAUGACAAAUAUGCAUUCUCAGUCUCAGGAAGAAGUCAGUGGGUUGGUUUUGAAGAUCGAGAGGCUGAAUGAUAAAUUGAAUGAAAUGGAGAGCAGUAAGUUGGACCUUGAGAGCAUGAUAUCCAAGCAUGCAGAGGACAACAGUAUCCUUGGUGAACAAAAUCUUUCUUCUGAAUUAACUAUCAGUGGCCUUCACGAUGAACUGGACAUGUUGAAGGAAAUGAAAGUGAAUCUAGAGAAUGAAGUGGGGCUCCACAUUGGUGACAAGGAGAUACUUCAGAGUCAAUUGACCCAUCAGAAGAAAGAGACAGAAAUUCUGGAGAAGCAGUACUGUUCACUGGAACAUGAGAUGGAAGCAGUAAACAGAAGUGCAGCAGCACUCCAGCAGUUACUCGAGGAAAAAACAUGUGAGAUGGAGAAGCUGUCAGACGAGUGUUUGAUCUUGAAGAAAUCAUUUUCAAAUGCAAUUGUUGAAACUGAAGCCCUGAAGGAGAUCAUAAAAGAACUGGAAGCUUCACAAAGCUCUCUGAAAUAUGAUGUUUGCUUGCAUAGUUCUGAGAAGGAUGCUCUGGCACGGGAUCUACAUAUCCUCAAUAAAAAAUAUGCUGAUAUUUCGGAGCAAAAGUCCAUGUUGGAGAUUUCAUUCUCUAAUGUGAAUUCUGAGAUAGGAGAACUGAGAAUGAAGUUAAAAGAUUCAGAAGAACUGUCCCGGUGUUAUCUUGCCAAUAACUCUGCUCUUCUUGCUGAAAAGGACAAUAUUCUGUUCCAGCUGGAGAGCGCUACACUGGCUAUGAAAUCUCUGGAGGACGACCAUGCUGAUCUGGGAGGCAAGAACUCGUCCUUGUUAGCAGAGAAAGACCUCUUAUAUAGUCAACUUGAGAAUCUACAAGAUCAGGUGGAAAUUAGAAAUGAACAGCAUGAAGCUUUGCUCAGGUUGCACCAAAUACAGAUAAAUGACUUUGAAGCGACAGUUUCUUCCCUGCAAGAGAAAAUCUGCCAUAUGGACGAGAUGCUUGAUCAAGAGCUGCAAGAUUGUACAGAUGCUUCUAUCAGUGCAUUGAUCUUGAAUAAUAGUUUGGCUGAUGUUAAAGACAAAAACUUUGCUCUCUUUGAUGAAUGCCAGAAGUUCAUAAAGGCCGCUGAUUCUGCAGAGGCAGUAAUAUCACGGCUCAAGGAGGAAGCCAAAAAUGAAGAAGAGGAGAAGGAAGUAUUGCUGAAACACAAUAAGGAACUAAGGGAGGGAAUCUCACAGCAAAUAAAGAUCCUCAAUGUCUGCAAGGACUUAGGACGUCCUAGUGUGAUUCAUGAUGAAAUUAUGCUUCAGACUUUGUCUCGUGAAACUUGCAACCAUGUAAAGCAUAAAGAGGAGAGUGAACAUAGAAAUGUCUUCAUGGAAGCUGAGCUAUCUGUUCUUGGAACAAUUCUUACAGAAAUAGUCAUUGACUUCAGAGAUCUGCACUUGCAGAAGUGUGAACUUGAGAAAGAAGUGGAGGCAGGUGCAGCAGAAUUGCUUUUUGCGCGGAAUGAAAAUCACAAGCUUAUUGAGCUGAAUGAACAGAUGUGCCAAAGGUUGCAGCAAGGUAGUGAGAAGGAGGAGACGUUGAACAUUGAACUCAGCAAUGGCAUGGCACGGUUAAUGCAGAAGGAUGAUGAGCUACACAAGGCAGAUGAGAAGAACCAAUUCUUGCAGGAGACAAACCAGGAAUUGUGCAGAGUUCUCAGGGAUCUUGAGGCUUCUGCUGAAGAUGCAAAAGGUGAACUUGAGGAGAAAAUCGCAGCGCUAACUGAACAAGGUGCUGUUAGGGAUAAUGAUUAUCUUCUUCUUUGCGAAGCUAACGUGGCGUUGCAAGGAGAUAUUGACACUCAUAAGCAGAAGGAAGAGAGUUUGGUGUCUACACUUGAGAUGGUGACAAAAGAGAAUGAGCAACAUGAAAGGGAAAUUGUUUCACUCGUGAGUGAUAUGAUAACUUGUUCGGUGAAUGUCAUGAUCUAUGAGGAACAUCUACUUGAGCUGAUGAUGGAAUGCGAGGCUCUUGAGAUCAGAAUGAUCACUGAAAAGGGAAUGCUAAUGAAAGAAAUCUCCUCAAGGGAUGCUUAUGUUGAUGAGCUGCACAGAAGGAUUGCCGUGAUGGGAGCAGAAACUGCAGAACUGAAGGCAGAGAUGAGCAGAUAUCUGCCACUUUUAGCAUCUCUGUCGGAUCAGAUAAGCAUGCUGGAGGGAGGCACCCAUUUACUUUCAGAUAAGGAAGGCAAUUUGGAGCUUGUACAAGAUGACAGACGUGGUUCAGAGUUCCUAGACAUACCAUCAGGAGUUUUGGAGUUGGACAGCUUGAUUGCAAGAGUUGAAGCACUCCGGGUUGUGAUAUUAGAUGUCAAGGACCGCCAAGAUAAGGAGUUUACUGAAUUCGCUGCUAAAUUGGAGUCGGCGAAUCUGGAAAUUCAAGAUCUUAAAUCAAGAAAAGGUUCAUGCAUUAGACACAAGGAACAAUACAUGGAGGAUGAUAGGCAAAAAUAUGACGCCGAUAACUCCAAAGGGAAGCAAGCACAGAUCAUGAAAGAUAUCGAACUUGACCAGGUAUCUACUUGCCCACCAUAUGGCUCCGGAGCUGCUGUCUACCCUCUUGGUGGUGAUGCAAAUGCAGAGCUUGAUGAUGAGAUGCUCCAGCUGUGGGAGACUGCUGAGAAAGAUUGCAAGAGUGGGACAGCCAAAUCCUCAUCAUCUGAACAUGACAUACAAGAGGUGGAGGAGGUGAAGAGUCAGUACACUUCCUUUGAAAUAGCAAGAGGAAGAGACCAAGGGAUCAACAGACUCGAGAUAUCGACAGCAACCCUGGAACCUCAGCAAUUAUGGACCAAAAAUGUCCUUGAGAAGCUCGCCACCGAUGCUCAGGGGCUGCUAAUCAUCCAAGCAAGCAUCGAGGAAGUGAAGCAGAAAAUCGAGGGAACUUCCAAGGGCAAAUCUCCCAUGAGCUCAGAGUACAGCAGUAUCAGGGCUCAGCUGCAGGAGAUCGAGGGCUCUGUCUUGGAACAGAUAGGUUUCAACAGCAGUUUGACGAAGAAGGCUGAGAAUUAUCCUGCAUUUGAGGUGAAUGCCGACCUAGAGGGCUAUUCCAGCAGAAGGAAGAUCUCCGAGCAGGUGCAGAAAGGGUCGGAGAAGGUCGCGAGGCUGGACCUCGAGCUCCAGAAGAUACAGUACGUGCUGCUGAAGCUCGAGGAAGAGCACGAGUUCAAGAGGGUCAAGGUCUCGGAGAAGCGUUCGCGGCUGCUCUUGAGGGACUACGUGUACGCAAAGAAGGACAAGAAUGACGCCGGGCAGAAGAAGAAGAGUAGGGUGCCCUUCUGCGGCUGCGUGCGCCCCAAAACAAUGACGGAGCCUUAACCGUUUCGUUCUGUAGGCAGCCCAACAGGCUCAUGUUCCUUCUGAUUUGGAGCUGCAGCAAGUGAUGUCUUUAGUGUCUCUUCUGUAAUGAGUUGCAUGAUGAUGUUAGCAAGGAGCUCAUGCAUUCAGAGUUUUGUCCUUGUUAAAAAAAUGAGGCAAUGUCCCCCUAGUUUUAACUAGUUAAUCCUACUGAUACUGUUACGAAUCGAAGCAUUUUGUGAUUCCGUUGCCCUUCACUGUUUCUCUAUGUCUGCAAUGAAGAUAUAUGAGAAUGCUUCUUUCAGGGAUAUAA